AUGCCCAUCAAUGCGGAAGAAGUCCCCGAAUGCUUUGACCCAACUUCUAGCGCGGAAGACGUAGUUGAAGUGUUUGACCUCCUUGGUGUGCAGGCAGAUAUUCACACGCCUGUGGUGCAAGGAGAAGAAUGGUUCUCGAGCUGCAGGCACCACACAGGCGAGGUGUUGGAGGGCGCCAAGUGGGCAAAAUAG